CAUUUAUAGCUCCCGGGCUCUCUCCUCUCGCUUCGUCACAAUCCAAAACCCCGAGAACCUUCUCUCUCCUCUCUCACAACUCUCUCUCUCUCUCUCUUCUCUUCCCUCUCUAGAGCCGCAAGAACAUGGUGCAACAGCACAGAAUCUACGUCGUGCAGUUCGACAAGGGGGAGCCUGACCAGGAGGAGCUGUCAUGCAAGGCCUCGCCGCCCAAGGGCGGCGGCCGCCGGAUCAUGUACUACUACCAUGACUACGGCACCGGAGGUGGCGCCGGCAAGAACGGCAAGCCGGCCAAGUCCAGGGCGCUCAGCCUGAGCGGCUUCUUCGGCUUGCUCCUCAUCUGCCUUUUCGGCCUCGCCACGCUCCUCGCGGCCCCGGGCGCCUUCUUCUCCUUCGCGCGCACCGGCGGCGCGGCGGGCGGCGCCCUGCGCAUGCACUCGGCGAGCGCGUCGUUCCAGCUCGUGUCCUCCGCUGGGCGACCGGCGGAGGAGGAGAGGAUACGGCCGUACACGCGCAAGUGGGAGGCGCACGUGAUGAAGACCAUCGACGAGGUGCGGUUCCGGCGCGUGCCCCCCGGCGAGGCGGCGCGCUGCGACGUGCGGCACGACAUGCCGGCCGUGCUGCUCUCCACGGGCGGGUUCACGGGCAACGUGUACCACGAGUUCAACGACGGCCUCCUCCCGAUGUUCGUGACGGCGGGCCACCUCCAGCGCCGCGUGGUGUUGGUCAUCCUCGAGUACCACGACUGGUGGAUGACCAAGUACGGCGACGUCGUGUCCCGCCUCUCGGCGUUCCCGCCCAUCGACUUCACCGCCGACCGCCGCGUGCACUGCUUCCCCGAGGUGAUCGCCGGCCUCCGCAUCCACGGUGAGCUCCCCGUUGACCCGGCCAGGCCCCCCGAGGGCCGGAGCAUCCGCGACUUCCGGCGCCUCCUCGACGACGCCUACCGCCCCCGCAUCAACUACCUGGAGCGCAUGGAGCGCAAGGCCGCCCGCAAGCAACGCCGCGCCAGCGGCGCCGCCGCCACGAAGCUCGCCCUCCCGAACAAGCACCCGGCGGCUCCGGCGGAGCGGCCGAAGCUGGUGAUCGUGUCGAGGACGGGGUCCCGCGUGAUCGAGAACGAGGAGGAGCUGAAGGCGGUGGCGGCGGACGUGGGGUUCGACGUGCGCGUGGUCCGGCCGGAGCGGAGCACGGAGAUGUGCAAGAUAUACCGGGACCUGAACGCGAGCGACGCGAUGGUGGGCGUGCACGGCGCCGCCAUGACGCACUUCCUCUUCAUGCGCCCCGGCAAGGUGUUCAUCCAGGUGGUGCCGCUGGGCACGGACUGGGCGGCGAACGAGUACUACGGCGAGCCGGCGGCGCGGCUCGGCCUGCGGUACGUCGGGUACAAGAUCCUGCCGGAGGAGAGCUCGCUCGCCCGCGAGUACCCGGCCGGCCACCCCGUGCUGACGGACCCCGCCGGCGUGGCGCAGCGCGGCUGGGACGUGACCAAGAAGGUGUACCUGGACCGGCAGAACGUGCGGCUCGACCUGGCGCGGUUCCGGGAGGAGCUGGUCGCCGCCCACCGGUACCUCGUCGCCGGCAAGCGGAAGGGCCGGCCGAAAACCAAACCUCUUGCCAUAUGAUCGAUCGGCCGAUAUAAUCAUCUCCGUUAGCAAACAAACAUCCCGUAUAGCAGUACACCAUAGAUCAAAAUUUACAGACACCUUUCUCCUCUCCUCUCUGUUCUUGUCAGUUACAGUUACAGCGGCUAACUCCAUACCUGACCAUUCAUUUCAUUUAGAUUGUUACUCUCCGUUUUGACGCUUCA